GGCAACACCAAUGUGCAGUUUGAUGGAUAGAACAGACUUCUGUGAGAUUGGUGUGAAUGUCAGAAUUCAUGGAGAAUCUUCCUCAGUAUUUUUUGCUUCAACUGACAUGAAAGAUAUCUCAGAAGACAAAACCACUUGGAAAAUCAAACCUUAUGCCAGAAAAGAUGACGAAAUAGCAAUGAGUAAUACAAGAGAAUGGUCUAUAAAAGCACCAAAAAACCCCCAAAAAUUGCCUCGGUGCACAAAAAACCACAGUGUUCCAGCCAUCCUCUUCUCCAUUGGAGGAUAUGCAGGAAACCAUUUCCAUGACUUCACAGAUGUGAUCAUUCCACUGUUCAUAACAGCAAGAAAGUUCAAUGGAGAGGUCCAAUUUCUCAUAACUGAUGAAGCAUCUUGGUGGGUUUUGAAGUAUCAAACAAUACUAUCAAAGCUAUCCAACUAUGAAAUCAUUUACAUUGACAGGGAAACACAAAUUCAUUGCUUUCCUCAAGCCAUUUUUGGUCUUAAACGUGACCCAAAUGAGCUUAGAAUAAACCCAAAAAAGCAUUCAUACUCCAUGAAAGAUUUCAAGGAGUUUUUGAGAAGUUCAUACUCAUUAAAGAGAGCCAGAGCAAUUGAAAACAAAGGAGGCAGAGGAAGGAAGAAGAAGAAGCAAAAGCCACAGCUUCUUAUAGUUAAAAGGAGCAAAACAAGGUCUUUUACAAACAUAGAGGAGAUCAGAAAAAUGGCUAAGAUAUUGGGUUUCAAAGUGAUUGUUGUAGAACCAGAUAUAAACUUAAAGAAAGUAGCAGAAAUUGUGAAUUCUUGUGAUGUGAUGAUGGGAGUUCAUGGAGCUGGACUUACUAACAUAGUGUUUCUUCCUGAAAAAGCAGUUUUUAUUCAGAUUGUACCAUUUGGAGGGGGAGAUUGGGUUUCAUCUAACUUCUUUGGAGAGCCUUCAAAGGAUAUGGAUUUGAAGUAUUUGGAAUACAAGAUGAGUUUGGAGGAAAGUACUCUGAUUCAACAGUACCCAAAAGAAGAUGUGGUUUUGAGAGAUCCUCAGAUAAUUGAAAAACAGGGUUGGAGUACUUUCAAAUCAAUCUAUUUUGAUAAGCAAAAUGUGAAUCUUGAUAUCAACAGAUUUAGACCUACUUUGCUCAAAGCUCUCCAGCUUCUGCAGCAGUAGCUAGUUAGCCAUAUAUAUACAUCCAACUUGUUUGGAAUAACUUUCUAUAUAUGUUCUUAUGCAUCUACAAAGUAAUCCACAUCCUUGAAAGUGGAUCGAAGUUGUCUUUUUGUUUGUCCCCUAAAGAUG